CCACUUCCCUUAUAUUCAUGCCACCCUCUAACUUUUCAUACAAAUCUUUCUACCUUUCUUCUCGGUGUGCACCGCAAUAGGGCCUACCCUUUUGUUUGAUUCUUCUUCAUUUCCUCUUCUUCGUUUUUUUCAUUCUUAAUCUCUGGUAAAAAUGUUCAUUGAGAAUUUUAAGGUUGAGAGUCCUAAUGUGAAGUACACCGAGACCGAGAUUCAGUCCGUCUAUAAUUACGAAACCACCGAGCUUGUUCACGAGAACAGGAACGGCACCUAUCAGUGGAUUGUCAAACCCAAAUCCGUCAAAUAUGAAUUUAAAACCAACACCCAUGUCCCUAAAUUGGGGGUAAUGCUUGUGGGGUGGGGUGGAAACAACGGUUCAACCCUCACCGGUGGUGUUAUUGCAAACAGAGAGGGCAUUUCAUGGGCAACAAAGGACAAGAUUCAACAAGCCAAUUAUUUUGGUUCCCUCACCCAAGCUUCUGCCAUCCGAGUUGGGUCCUUCCAGGGAGAGGAGAUCUAUGCUCCAUUCAAGAGCCUUCUUCCAAUGGUUAACCCUGACGACAUUGUGUUUGGGGGAUGGGAUAUCAGUGACAUGAACCUGGCUGAUGCGAUGGGUAGGGCCAAGGUGUUUGACAUCGAUUUGCAGAAGCAGUUGAGGCCUUAUAUGGAAUCCAUGGUUCCACUCCCUGGAAUCUAUGACCCAGAUUUCAUUGCUGCCAACCAAGAAGAACGUGCCAACAAUGUGAUCAAGGGCACAAAGAAAGAACAAGUUGCACAAAUCAUCAAAGACAUUAAGGAGUUUAAAGCAGCCACCAAAGUGGACAGGGUGGUUGUCCUGUGGACUGCCAACACAGAGAGGUACAGUAAUUUGGUUGUGGGUCUAAAUGACACCACGGAGAACCUCUUGGCUGCUCUGGACAGAAAUGAGGCUGAGAUUUCUCCCUCCACCUUGUAUGCCAUCGCUUGUGUUAUGGAAAAUGUUCCAUUCAUCAACGGAAGCCCUCAGAACACUUUUGUUCCAGGGCUGAUUGAUUUUGCCAUCGAGAAAAACAGUUUGAUUGGAGGAGAUGACUUUAAGAGUGGUCAGACCAAGAUGAAAUCCGUGCUGGUAGAUUUCCUUGUGGGGGCUGGUAUCAAGCCAACAUCAAUAGUUAGUUACAACCAUCUGGGAAAUAAUGAUGGUAUGAAUCUCUCUGCUCCACAAACCUUCCGUUCCAAGGAAAUCUCCAAGAGCAAUGUUGUUGAUGAUAUGGUCAACAGCAAUGCCCUCCUCUAUGAGCCCGGUGAACAUCCUGACCAUGUUGUUGUUAUUAAGUAUGUGCCUUACGUUGGGGACAGCAAGAGAGCCAUGGAUGAGUACACUUCUGAGAUAUUCAUGGGUGGAAAGAGCACCAUUGUUUUGCACAACACAUGCGAGGAUUCUCUCUUAGCUGCUCCUAUUAUCUUAGACUUGGUCCUUCUUGCUGAGCUUAGCACUCGUAUCCAGUUCAAGGCUGAAAAGGAGGGAAAAUUCCACUCAUUCCACCCAGUUGCUACCAUUCUCAGUUACCUGACCAAGGCUCCUUUGGUUCCACCGGGUACACCAGUGGUGAAUGCAUUGUCGAAGCAGCGUGCCAUGCUGGAAAACAUUCUGAGAGCUUGUGUUGGACUUGCCCCAGAGAAUAACAUGAUUCUUGAGUACAAGUGAAGCAUGGAUUAGAAGCAAAACUUUCUUGGGGUGCCGGCUUGAAUGUUUUCUGUCAAUAUGUUUGGUUAUGUUUUCAAGUGUAAUUUGGUUGCUUCUGCUCAUGAAUGCUUUAGAGCAGGGCAUGUCUGUUUUUUCUAGGUGCAUGAAUGGAUGUAUAAUUUGUGUCCGUCCGAAUUUUUUGUUUAUUCUCCUACUACCCUUUAUUUUUAUCAUUUUUCAGAGGCAAUCCCCAAUAUAAAGCCUUUUUUCUUAUGAGAAAAAAGAAAUUCGGAGUUUA